AUGGGUUAUGAUGUGGCUGGGUUAGUUGGAGAGCCGUACAGGGGCAACGACAGCGGAGAAGGGUUGAAAGCAUCGGAUAGAGCUGUUUCCGGUAAAGUUUAUCUGGGUUAUCUGUUUUUGGGUAAAAUUUAUCCAGAUGAUGAUGAUCUGGGGUUAUUAACAAACAAAACAUUAAAAUGCAGCCCUACAUUCCUCAAAAUUGUCAAACUUAAAUCGGUACAAGCAUACAAGCCAGAUACAUAUCUAGCUACACUUAUGAACUGUUCAAUGUGGCUGUUCUAUGGUCUCCCCAUCGUUCAUCCCCACAGUUUACUUGUCGUCACGAUCAACAGUGCCGGCAUCCUCAUCACGCUAACCUUCUGCAGCAUCUUCUUCAUCUAUUCCUCAUGGACGUGUCGUAGAAAGAUGAUCAUAGUUUUAAUAUUGGAGGCUAUCGUUAUAGCAGCAAUGGUGACUGUUACUUUAACACUAUCCCACACACACCCUGCAAGAUCUAUGCUUGUCGGAAUCUUGUGUCUCGUCUUCAAUAUUAUUAUGUAUGCAUCUCCACUAACAAUCAUGAAAACUGUCAUAAGGACGAAGAGUGUCAAGUACAUGCCGGUUUGUAUAUCCAUUGGAAAUCUUUUAAACGGAUCGAUUUGGGUUGUAUAUGCAGCCCUUGAAUUUGAUCCUUUCAUCAUGAUUCCUAAUGCGGUUGGGGCCGUUUCAGGAAUGAUUCAAAUUGGAUUAUAUGUAAAGUACUAUAAAACUACCAACUGGAGCGAUGACCAAUCGCCUAACGAGAUUGAAAUGCCUCCGUCUGCAUCGAAUGCUUAGUCACAAAAGAAUUAACCUUAUAAGAUUGAACGUUGUUCUUCCAGUUGAUAGCGGUCGGAUAGUGUAUAUAUAUACCAGGUGUUAGUAGUCUCGACAUCAAUGUAUAUCUAUCAACGAAGGUUUUCAUCAUCAUCCUCGUUGCAGAGAAAAAUGUAGCUGGUU